AUGAAGAUAUCUAUGGCACUGGCACACAUAGUUUUGUCAGCAUCGCUGACGCUACUGACCUACAGAAUUUCAUCAUCAAGAAAAAGAAGAAAACAAAUACAAAUUCUUCGUCGUCUCCAAGGUGACCUCAUAGGCGAACUACCGGACUGUGUCCUGAUCUCCAUCCUCACUCGCCUGCCGGUCAAGGAUGCUAUUCGGACCAGCGUCUUGUCCAAACGGUGGACGGGCCUUUACAAAUUUGUCGUCCACCUCAACCUCCACUGCCAUCACCUCGGUAAUCAUUGCAUAUUUGAUAUGGUCCAAGGAUAUUUGUAUCGCCAUUACAAUAUAGAUAUCAGCUUCAUCACUCGUUGUCUUUUUAACUCCAUCGAUAUCCCACGUAUAUCCUCAAAGUAUUUCAACUCCCGACGUGGUUCUAAAAUCCAUAGUCUCGUUUUCUGUAGUUGUCUGACCAAAUCAUACCACUUUCAAUACAUGGGAGGACUCUGGCCAUUCUUUAAAUACCUAGGAAACACAGCCCACGUUGAGAAACUUCCGCCAGAGCCCUGUGCUUUUUUGUUUUCUUGGCGCCACUUUCUUUCCUGUAUGCCUGGCUUGAGGUACUUGGAGUUUAAAUCCACCAUCACGUGGGAGUAUUUGCCUAAAUCGCAUACUAAUAUGUCCCUCCGGAAUCUGAGGUUGAGUAAAGUUACUCUACUCGACAGGGCGUUAGAUCUCAUCCUGUCGGGUUGUUUGGGCCUCUGCUCGUUGAGGAUGGAUCACUGCAAGUUUCCUUGUUGUAGAUUGCAUAUAAGUGGGCCCAACCUUCGACUGGAGCAUCUCAACAUCGAGGAGUGCAGUCGGGUGCGGCAGAUCAAGCUGCGUGCCAGCAAUCUUGUUACGUUUGAGUUCCAGAGCCGUAAAGUGGUAAAGCUCAUAUUUGAUCACGUCCCUCGUCUGCAGAGCAUGUAUUGUGAUGGCUUUCAACCAGAUGUUAUGCAUCAUGUUUGUGUUAGACUUCCCUCUGGAUUGCCUAUUAAUCAGCUCAAGUCGUUAGCUUUGGCAACCAAAUAUGAUAUUUAUCUGCUUUCUCGUACAGCCUACACAAGUAUGCUUCUGGGGAUAAUUCCACUUCUGCAGAGUUGCCCACUCUUACUCGAGUUUCACUUGGAUACUGAAUUUGUGGAAGGUGAUGGCCCUAAAGCAAUGAGGCCACAGACACCAGAAACUCAUUUCCAGUUGAAAAAAGUUGAAAUAACAGGAUUUUGUGGGUCUAGAAACGAAAUCGACUUUGCAUUGUACAUACUCGAAAAUGCAAUCUGUCUGGAGCAAAUGCAGAUAAGCCGGUGUCCCAAGUGGCGCAUUGGGUUUGACAGUGACAGGUGGAUUAAGCAUGAAGACAAGCCUCGGUGGAGUCAACAGACACGGGAAAACAUCUGCAAACAGUUGCAAGGCCGGUCUCUUUCGGAGACCGCACGAGUUAACAGGCUUGUCAAGGGGAGGACACUGGACAAGUUGGAGUUUCUACAAUGGCUAAAGCGUUAUUGCAAUUCAGUAAAUGGUGGUCUAGUAAACGAGUUUCCUAGGCAUUACAAUCCGGUAGGAUGUAGAACUAAAGGUGGUAAAGAAACAGGCAUCAAGAUCUGGAAAACCUCAAUUACCAAAAAAGUCAUACCAGCAUUCACUCAGUUAACAGCAGCAUUCUUCUCUUUGACACAGCAGCAUAAUCCAUCAUCUUCAUCGUUUGCAUUCUCAAGUGGGGGGCAGAGCAAUGCUGACGAGAGCCAUAGACCGGUUAUUCCUAAUUUCCCGGGCCUUAUAAAAGGAGACCGUGUCAGUGAACUUUCCUAUGAGAUAUUCUCAGCAGUAGACAGCUGCAUAAGCAACUCGGGCCGAGCCCGAGUUGCUUAUGAAGCUCGGCCCGAGUUGCUUAUGAAGCUGUCUACUGCUGAGAAUAUCUACAUCAUCGGUGUGGAUAGGUCAACACGUGUUCUUGCGACGGUUCAAGCUGUGGGGUCCUUUGCGUGGAUUCAUUUCCUACAUGUUGUUCAGGGAACAUUUCAACCGCUUGGACGAUUUCCUCAGACAUAUGUCCAGUACACUAAUGCAGAUGCGUUACCUCAUAGGAAAGUUCACUGA